AAGAAAGUGUAGAGUGGGUUUUAGCUGGAGAGUAAUUUUGGAGAAGAAAAAUAACAGGGACCAGAGGGCCAGAAAAGGACUAUAGAGUAGAAAGAGAAAGUAUAGAGAAUGUGGAGAAGAAACUAAUGAAAGAAAGAAAGAAAGAGAAUACAAAAAUCAUGAGACUGAGAAAGCUGGUUUAGGGAUUUGGUAGUUUGUAUUCUGGGUUAUACGUUUGAUUUUCAAAGUCUUUCGUUUCAGGUAGAAAUUUGCAAAAUAGCAACCGCAAUAACAACAAAAACAAAUUUACUUAAAGAAGUUUUGCUGUUCUUUCUCUCUCUCAAAAGUGUUGCCAAUAAAAACAGCGGUUUUAGUGUGACUCUUGAAAGACACAAAAAGAAAGAAAGAAAGAAAGAAAGAAAGCAGAGUGUAGCGCUUUUGUAACCGAAAUAAGAUGUUAAACACCCCAUCCACUUCACUGUUACUACUGAUUCUCAAUUCAAUGCUCACAUAACCGUCGCUUCUCUUUUUUCUUCCUUCUUCUUCUUUAACCAUUAAUGGGUUAGCCUUUUACUUUUGUAAAGGGCUUUUCUUGUCACUGUUAGUGGGAUUCUAUUGUUUUUUUUUUCUUUUCUUUUCUUGCUCUGCUUCUCUUUCUCUACAGCAUUGUUUUUUGUGGUGUUUUUGGAUGGUGCAUGUUGAGAGUAAUAAUCUCAGGAGUGGUUCGAUUUCUCAUGGCGAAAGAGGACGAGAUGAUCUGUAUACAGAGCUAUGGAAGGCAUGUGCAGGUCCAUUGGUGGAGGUACCAAGACCUGGAGAGAGAGUUUUCUACUUUCCUCAAGGUCACAUGGAACAGCUGGAAGCAUCAACUAAUCAAGAACUGACUCAACAAAUCCCAAAGUUUAAUCUUCCUUCUAAGAUCCUUUGUCGUGUUGUUCACAUUCAUCUUCUGGCAGAACAAGAGACAGAUGAGGUUUAUGCACAGAUCACCUUGCACCCAGAAGUAGACCAAACAGAACCUACAAGUCCUGACCAAUGCACGCCUGAACCGCAAAAGAGACCUGUUCAUUCGUUUUGCAAAAUUCUAACAGCUUCUGAUACCAGCACUCAUGGAGGGUUCUCUGUUCUCAGAAAGCAUGCCACAGAAUGCUUGCCUCCAUUGGACAUGAACCAAUCAAUUCCGACUCAGGAACUGGUUGCAAAGGAUCUUCAUGGGUAUGAGUGGCGCUUUAAACACAUUUUUAGAGGACAACCGCGAAGGCAUUUGCUUACCACGGGUUGGAGUACAUUUGUUACUUCAAAGAGACUGGUUGCUGGAGAUGCUUUUGUGUUUUUGAGGAGUGAUAAUGGGGAACUGCGAGUUGGGGUUCGACGUCUUGCUCGUCAGCAGAGCCCCAUGCCUUCUUCUGUGAUAUCUAGCCAAAGCAUGCAUUUAGGAGUUCUUGCUACUGCCUCUCAUGCAGUUACAACACAGACCCUCUUCGUUGUCUAUUACAAGCCAAGAACAAGCCAAUUUAUUAUUGGGUUGAACAAAUAUCUGGAGGCUGUUAAUCAUGGAUUUUCUCUUGGCAUGCGCUUCAAGAUGAGAUUUGAAGGAGAAGAUUCUCCUGAGAGGAGGUUCAUGGGAACUAUAGUUGGAGUAGGAGAUUUUUCUCCAGAGUGGUCAGGCUCUAAAUGGCGGUCGUUAAAGAUACAAUGGGAUGAACCAGCAACAGUUCAAAGGCCGGAUAGAGUUUCUCCAUGGGAGAUAGAGCCUUUUGCAGCUUCUGCUUCUGUAAAUCUUCCUCAAACAGUGGGAAAGAGUAAAAGACCCAGACCUGUGGAUACCACAGCUUCAGAAAUUACCACCAAUUCAGCUACUUCACCUUUCUGGUACCCCGGCUCAACCCAAUCUCUUGAGGUAAGUCAACUAGGCGGUGCUGCUGAAGCUCAAAGUUGUGAAAGCCAAGUCAUGUGGUCCAGGAGGCAGAAGGAAAUAGACAACUGUCUUCUCAAUGGCAGCAGCUGUAGCUCAAGGGUCCGAUCAGAGGGCAUCUGGCCACAUUCUCCUCAUAUGGAUGUCUCUCUCAGCCUAUUCUCUGAUUCUGCUGAUGACAACAGAACUAUAACAACACAGUCUGUUAUUUCUGGUUAUGCACCUGCUUUUCCAUCUAGGCAAAGCAAUAGCCUGGUGCAUGAACAGGUGGAGAAAGGGAAAAAAUAUGAAAAUUCUGUGGGCUGCCGAUUGUUUGGAAUUGAUUUAAUUAGCAAUUCUAGUACUGCUGCUCCUCCAGAGAAGGAAUCUUUGGGUUUAAAGAUGGACUCCAACGGCCCCAGAGGAUCUGCUCCAGCUGUUGAUGGUACUGACGAGGCUCAGAAUGUGGAUGUCUCGAAGGCCUCCAAAGAGCAGAAGGAAGCUGCAUCAGAGGUGAUGCCAAAGGAGACGCAUAGCAAGCCGGGUACUACUUCCACAAGAACUCGUACCAAGGUUCAAAUGCAAGGAGUAGCUGUUGGUCGUGCUGUUGACCUAACUGCAUUGAAAGGGUAUGGGGAUCUUAUCAAAGAGCUGGAGGAACUGUUUGAAAUCAAAGGAGAGCUUUCCACUCGUGAGAAAUGGGCUGUUGUAUUUACUGAUGAUGAGGGGGAUAUGAUGCUUGUGGGUGAUGAUCCAUGGCGGGAGUUCUGUAAGAUGGUUAGGAAGAUAUUAAUAUAUUCAAGCGAGGAGGCGAAGAAGCUGAAAACAAGAUGCAAACUUCUUGCAUCAUCUUUAGAGGGUGAAGGAGCGAUUGCAAGUUUGGAUUCAGAGCAUAGGAUAGUUGUCGAGUGAAGGAAGGAUAAGCGUCCUGGAUCUUUGACGAAGGGUGGUAGUAAAGACUGUCAAAAGACUGAAGGGAAGUUGGGGAGAUUCAGGGUUAGAAAUGUUAUGGACUUAACUUGAUAUUACCCUGUAGAAAUAUAUAUAUUUAUAAUAUACAUAUGUAUGGUAUGUGUUAUGGUGGCA